AUGCACGUAGUAACUGGAAUAGUUGCGUCGGUGCUAUUUCUUAUCUGUGUUUCAACAUCGCCAAUUGUUGAUCAACAGGCGGUGCAAGAUAUUUUCGAAGGAGAAGAAAAUUUUGUGAAUUCAUUGGAACCAGAACAGCAGACCCGGUGGACUCAAAUUCGAAAUGAAUUAUAUGAUACAAUCGUUAACAAGGCAAUCGGAACUGCCGGAGAACAGGAUCAAAACGACGUGGCUGGCAAAGACGUAGAGGAUUUCAUCGCGUCAUUGAAUCCAACACAAAGGGGAUGGAUACAGAUAAUAUGGAGAAAAACGAAUCGAAUCGUUAGUAAAUCCUUCGAUACUCCUUGGAUACCGAAUGCAUCCAGAGUACCUGUUCGUGGCACGUGUGGGGGAGGAUGUAUACUGUCCAGUCAAUGUGAAAGAUAUUCUAGUAGUAGAGAUUGUCGCUGUACCUGGUUUUCAUGCCGCAGAUUUUGA